ACAGAAUCCUCCAUUUUUAGUAGGGGUGCAAAACGUUUGUUUGAGUGUCGCUAUAAGUCUAACAAUCAGGUUUUUUUAUAAAAUAGAUUCGAGACAAUAACAAUAGUACAAUGUCGCAAGUAUAAGCGUUCUGACUGAAUCAAUAAAAAGACACGCAUCAUGAAUUACGCCUGUCUCCCCCCCCACCUUUCUCUCCCCCAGCGCUGGCGUCGGUGGUAGUGCCCGAGGAUGGCCGCCGGUCUGGCUGUAAACAAGCAGGGGACCGCCGCUGCAAUGGAACCCUGCAUUCGGCACGGUCGGGCGGCUGGUGGCAGUACGGUGAAGGUGCUGGAAUGCGGAGUCUGUGAAGAUGUCUUCUCUCUGCAAGGGGACAAGGUGCCCAGGCUGCUGUUGUGUGGUCACACUGUGUGUCAUGACUGCCUCACCCGCCUGCCGCUGCACGGUCGUGCCAUACGCUGCCCAUUUGACAGACAGGUCACCGAGCUGGGGGAUUCUGGGGUUUGGGGGCUGAAGAAGAAUUUUGCCCUGCUGGAGCUGCUGGAGCGGCUGCAGAACGGCGCCUCCAACCAGUCGGGGGUGUCAGAUGAUGCCCUCGGGGGGGUGGGAGAGUGCAUCAUCCGCUGCGACGAGGAUGAGAGCCACACAGCCUCCAUGUACUGCACAGUGUGCGCCACCCACCUGUGUGGCGAGUGCUCCCAGCUGACGCACUCCACGCGCACGCUGGCCAAGCACCGGCGCGUGCCGCUAGCUGACAAGCCGCACGAGAAGACGUUGUGCCCCCAGCACCAGGUGCACGCCAUCGAGUUUGUGUGCCUGGAGGAUGGCUGCCAGCCUGGGCCCCUCAUGUGCUGCGUGUGCAAGGAGUACGGCAAGCACCAGGGACACAAGCAUGCAGUGUUAGAAGCCGAAGCCAAUCAGAUCCGUGCAUCCAUCCUGGACAUGGCACACUGCAUCCGCACAUUCACCGAGGAGGUGUCGGAGUACUCGCGCAAGCUGGUGGGCAUUGUGCAGCAGAUUGAGGGGGGGGAGCAGAUCGUGGAAGACGGGGUCGGCAUGGCCCACACGGAGCACGUCCCAGGCACAGCAGAGAGCGCACGCUCCUGUGUUAGGGCCUACUUUGCUGACUUGCAUGAGGCUCUAUGCCGCCAGGAAGAGAUGGCACUCAGUGUGGUUGACGCUCAUGUGCGCGAGCGUCUCAUGUGGCUGCGGCAGCAGCAGGAGGACAUGACCAUCCUGCUGUCCCAGGUGUCCACUGCAUGCCUGCACUGCGAGAAGACGCUGCAGCAGGACGACUGCCGCGUGGUCCUGGCGAAGCAAGAGAUAACCCGGCUGCUGGAGACCCUGCAGAAGCAGCAGCAGCAAUUCACGGAGCUGACGGACCAUGUCCAGCUGGAUGCCGGCAUCCCCGUCACCUUCACAAAGGAUAACCGGGUACACAUUGGCCCAAAGAUGGAGAUUCGCGUGGUGACCCUGGGCCUGGAUGGUGCUGGUAAGACCACCAUCCUCUUCAAGCUGAAACAGGAUGAGUUCAUGCAGCCCAUUCCGACAAUCGGAUUCAAUGUGGAGACAGUGGAGUAUAAGAAUCUGAAGUUCACCAUCUGGGAUGUGGGUGGCAAGCAUAAACUCAGACCACUUUGGAAACACUAUUAUCUAAAUACUCAGGCUGUGGUAUUCGUCAUUGACAGCUGCCACAGGGACCGGCUUAUGGAGGCCCACAGUGAACUAGCAAAGCUGCUAACAGAGAAGGAGCUGAGAGACGCUCUGCUCCUCAUCUUUGCUAACAAGCAGGAUGUCCCGGGUGCAGUGUCCGUGGAGGAGCUGACAGCGUUGCUGAGCCUGCACAAACUGUGCUGUGGCCGCAGCUGGCACGUGCAGGGUUGUGACGCCCGUAGCGGAACGGGCCUCCAUGAGGGGCUGGACUGGUUGUCUCGCCAACUGGUGGCUGCUGGCGUGCUGGACGUGGCCUGAGCUUCCGGUCCAUUCCGUCCAUAAAUUUGAUCGCCCUGACCCUACCUCUCCGAUCACCGUUAAUGCUAUCCCCUGAUGCUCUAUGUGUGUGUGUGUCUGUCUGUGUGAGAGAGAAUGUGUGUGUGUGUUUUUUGUGAGGGUGAGUACCCUCAUUUAAACCAGAGGGAUCGUGAUGAAGUGAUGCAGCUCGCUAACACACCGACCAUCACUUCAGAGUUCCUCUGUGGUUUGUCUUUCAUAGGGUUGACUAUAAUGUAACAUGCACUCGUCAGCAGUGUAUUAACUUUCACUGAGAAAAACAGGCUCACUGCAUGCGUUUUUGUUUUUUUUUUUCUGUUACAUAUCCAUUUCUGGAGUAUUUUCUGGUUGUAGCAUUUAACUUGAGCCGUUGUUUGGUGAAAUAGCUCAACGCUGUGUUCAGUCCCCGUCUCUCCUGAACAGGUGGGACAAACAGCAUUAGACAAGUUAGUUAUGGCAGAAUAAAACAUGUAAAUUCCUCCUCCUGUAGACUUGAUGUACUGCGUUAUAAGGCAUCCAACAUUGGUCACUUGAUCAGUAUUUAGGAUUACGUCCCUCCUCUUGUGUAGGUGACUUUUUGUAAUUCAGCUGAAUCUCUAUUUACAGCGAGAGGAGGACAUGACUGACCACCAGGGGCGUGUUGGUCUCUGCAAUGUUUGGUCCACUGUCCUUGCCUUAGUUUAGACCAAUUUCUGGAGGACCACAGGAUUGCGAAACCCGAUGAAACUCUGCUUCUUGAUCGAGCCCACAUCAUUUUCCCUGGGGCUUACCCAGCACCUAAUCGAACAAUCUUCUCUCUCCAAAUAUGUGCUUGUACAUAAGACUGUGGGAAAUCCUUGACAGUUUCAGAACCGUGUAGUUGUGCUAGAUGAAUUGUGAGCAGUAUGUUCGUCUCCCCGCCUCCUGUUUUGAGGAGCAUGUUAAGUUGUGGUAGGCUGGAUAAAGGAUGAGUCGUUAGAAAACUUUCAAGCCAAAUGGACAAAUGACUGCCACGCUGUGGAUUGUGGGAGUUGCGGCCCUGGGCCGUUGGCUGUCCUGCAGAUAUGUGACCAACUGCUGUAUAAACUGCUGUGGUGCUAGAAACGGACUCGGGUUCGUGUGGGCUUUGUUUAGGUAGAUGAUGGAAGUAGGCACUUUCUUUUGCUAUACUGCAUGUUAUGAGCUUACAGUACAUAGGAGUAAAAAAAUAUCCUGUAUCAAAAAAUAUUUGAAAAGUUGGUUUUUGUUCUACUGUUCAGUCAACCUCAUUGCUAAAUAAUGUUAACUGCUUGUACCUAUUUAAAGAACGUGAAUUUAUGGGUUGUUUUCUUAGUCAUUCUGUGGUGUUGGGUUGUGGGAA